GCCGCUGUUUCGUUCGCAGCCAUGCCCUGCGUUCAGGCUCAGUAUGGGUCCUCGCCUCAAGGAGCCAGCCCGGCCUCCCAGAGCUACAGCUACCACUCGUCGGGAGAAUACAGCUCCGAUUUCCUGACUCCGGAGUUCGUCAAGUUUAGCAUGGACCUCACCAACACCGAAAUCACCGCCACCACUUCUCUGCCCAGCUUCAGUACCUUUAUGGACAGCUACAACACGAGCUACGACGUGAAGCCGCCCUGCUUGUACCAAAUGCCCCUGUCCGGACAGCAGUCCUCCAUUAAGGUGGAAGACAUUCAGAUGCACGGCUACCAGCAGCACGGCCACCUGCCCCCCCAGUCCGAGGAGAUGAUGUCCCACUCGGGCUCCGUCUACUACAAGCCCUCGUCGCCCCCGACCCCGUCCACGCCCGGCUUCCAGGUGCAGCACGGCCCCGUGUGGGACGAGCCCGGCUCCCUGCACAACUUCCACCCCAACUACGUGGCCACCACGCACAUGAUCGAGCAGCGCAAAACGCCCGUGUCCCGCCUGUCGCUGUUCUCCUUCAAGCAGUCGCCGCCCGGCACGCCCGUGUCCAGCUGCCAGAUGCGCUUCGAGGGGCCCCUGCACGUCCCCAUGGGCGCCGAGCCGGCGGGGCCGCACCACGGCGUGGACGGGCAGCCCUUCGCCGUGCCGGGCGGCAUCCGCAAGCAGGGCUCCAUGGCGUUCCCCGGGCUGCCGCUGGGCCCCGCGCCGCAGCUGCUGGACAGCCAGGUGCCCUCGCCGCCCUCCCGCGGCUCGCCGUCCAACGAGGGGCUCUGCGCCGUGUGCGGCGACAACGCGGCCUGCCAGCACUACGGCGUGCGCACCUGCGAGGGCUGCAAGGGCUUCUUCAAGCGCACGGUGCAGAAGAACGCCAAGUACGUGUGUCUGGCCAACAAGAACUGCCCGGUGGACAAGCGCCGCCGCAACCGCUGCCAGUACUGCCGCUUCCAGAAGUGCCUGGCCGUCGGCAUGGUCAAGGAGGUGGUGCGCACAGACAGCCUAAAAGGCCGGCGGGGCCGCUUGCCGUCCAAACCGAAGAGCCCCCAGGAGCCUUCUCCCCCCUCUCCCCCGGUGAGUCUGAUCAGUGCGCUGGUGAGAGCCCAUGUCGACUCCAACCCGGCUAUGACCAGCCUGGACUAUUCCCGGUUCCAGGCUAACCCCGACUACCAGCUGAGCGGUGACGACACCCAGCACAUCCAGCAGUUCUACGAUCUCCUGACCGGCUCCAUGGAGAUCAUCCGAGGGUGGGCGGAAAAAAUCCCCGGCUUCACCGAGCUGCCCAAGACGGACCAGGACCUGCUCUUCGAGUCCGCCUUCCUGGAGCUGUUCGUGCUGCGGCUGGCGUACAGGUCCAACCCCGUGGAGGGGAAGCUGAUCUUCUGCAACGGGGUGGUCCUGCACCGGUUGCAGUGCAUCCGUGGCUUUGGGGAGUGGAUCGAUUCCAUCGUGGAGUUUUCCUCCAACUUGCAGAACAUGAACAUCGACAUCUCUGCCUUCUCGUGCAUCGCUGCCCUGGCCAUGGUGACAGAGAGGCACGGCCUCAAGGAACCCAAGAGGGUGGAAGAGCUUCAGAACAAGAUUGUAAAUUGUCUCAAAGACCACGUGACUUUCAAUAACGGGGGGCUGAAUCGCCCCAACUAUUUGUCCAAACUCUUGGGGAAGCUCCCCGAACUGCGCACGCUUUGCACGCAGGGGCUGCAGCGCAUUUUCUACCUGAAACUGGAGGAUUUGGUGCCACCGCCAGCAAUAAUUGACAAACUUUUCCUGGACACUUUACCUUUUUAAGACUCUUCCCGCACGCUUCCGCUGACCCGAGGAGAAGCUCCACCUGCCUGAAGGGGAGCUGGUGUGGGCCCAGAGCAGCACCCCUGGGUGCCAGCUCCCACCCGGCCGGUGCUGCCAACUCCUGCAGGCAGAACGCGAUGGGCAUUUUGGCUCUGGGCCAUCAUGGAUGCAGCUCAUGGACUACACAAAUACCAUGGUAUAAACUUUUUAUUCUCGGCUUCUAAAUGAGUUUAUGAUUAAGGACUUCUGGUGCAAAGACAAGCCUGCCUGGCGGCGCCGGCUCACGCUGUGCCAAGCCCAGCGCCGGGGCGACCCGCAAGCCUCUCCCUCCUAAAGACUAAAGUUUUCUGCAGCAAAAGAAAGCUGUAAUAUACCCAGACCCCAAACCUUGCGUGGGUGGCGUGGCAUUCAUGAAGGCGAAGGCUUGUAAAUUUAUCAGAUGCAGUUUGGCUUUUUAAAGAAAAAAAAAAAAUUCUUCUGUGCCUAUUUAUGAUGAAACGUGGAAAAUAAUUCUAAAAAAAAUCAAAAAUAAAAGCUAAAUGUGUUUGGGAGAAAAAUAAUUAAAAAAAAAAAAAGGAGAAUUAAAAAAAAAAAAAAACCCAAUCUGUCCAUACCAGGGAAGCAUGAUGAUUCCAGGGUGACAAUGUUAUAGGCACUUGCUAUUUCAGUAAUGUCUAUAUUCUAUAAAUAGUAUUUCAGACACUAUGUAGUCUGGUAGCUUUUAUAAAGACUGGUAGUUAUCUAAGCUUCAAACAUUUUCUCAAUUGUAAAAUAGGUGGGCACAAGUGUUACCCCCGGAAUCCCCCCCAAAGGGACACAUAGUGUUUGUAAACACCGCCCGACACCCCUUGUUUGUAAGUGUUGUAUGUACUGUUGAUGUUGAUUAAAGAAGAAGUUUAUAUCUUGAUUAUUUUGUUGUCUAAAGCUAAACAGAUCUUGCAUGCAGCAGCUUUUGACUGUUUCCAGAGUGCUUAUACUAUACAUAACUCCCUGGAAAUUACUGAGCACUUUGAAUUCUUGGUUUGUUUUGUUCCAUUUGUUUUUUUAUGUCUAAAAAUUGUCGGUUAAUAUAUUAUUUUAUGUUCGAGUAAUAUUUUUAAUAUUGCCAUAUUCUGUAGUAUUUUUCUUUGUAUACCCCGGUUUGGCACACGGGAAAGUCGCUGCCUUUUUUUAAUAUGGUGUACGACAGUAAGAAACGCGGAUUAUUAUUAUUAUUAUAAUUAUUAUUAUUAUUAUUUUUUCU